UUUCGAUCAAAUUCAUAAUUCGCCCAUACCCAGCCGAAUUUGAAAUCGUAGAAGCUAUAAUAGGUCAUAUAUAUAAAAAAUUGAAUUCAAACCCGAACACGCCCAUUAACACUCCCGGGCAAGACCCGCCCAAAUUGUCAUAUGCGGUAGUAAUUGGUGUAGAAUACUCAAUAGUUCGUGUGUAAGGUCGCCGAUUCACUCCAACCUUCCUCAAAUUAGUAUGUGUAUAUAUGCACAGACUACUUCCUUCUUCCUCGCUCUCUCUCUCCCUAUUUCUAUAAUUUUCUCCCUCUCUCCUUCUCUCCUCCUCUCAAUACACUACUGUUCCUUCAUGCGUUUUUUUCUUCAUUCAUUUCGGUAAUCCUCCAUUCCUUUACUUCAAUGCGGAAUUACCUUCAGGCGUAGGCGUAGGCCUAUUCAUCUGCAAGUUCGUGAUUCUGUGAUAGUACGAAAACCUACUGUCGUCGUCUGCUGCGAACUGCAAUCACAAUGUCAGAACCUCUCGAACGACCAGUCAGGCCAAGUCAGGAGAAAAUUGAGGCGGACAAUCUGGAGGAUGAGAGGAAGACUCGGAUAGGAUCUCUGAAGAAGGCGGCCAUUAGCGCGUCAAACAAAUUCAGGAAUUCUCUGAGCAAGCGGAGGCGGAACAGCAGCAAAGUGAUGUCGGUGGUGUUGGAAGACGAACACGACGCUGAGGAAGUGCAGGCCGUCGAUGCAUUCCGCCAGGCGCUCAUUCUCGAAGAAUUACUGCCAGCCAAACACGACGACUAUCAUAUGCUACUCAGGUUUCUCAAGGCAAGAAAGUUCGACAUAGAGAAAACAAAGCAAAUGUGGUCCGACAUGCUCCAAUGGAGGAAGGAAUUUGGCGCCGAUACUAUCACUGAGGAUUUCGAUUUCAAGGAGAGAGACGAGGUGAUGAAAUACUACCCACACGGUCAUCACGGGGUCGACAAGGUAGGCAGGCCAGUUUACAUCGAAAGGCUCGGCAUGGUCGAUCCAACCAAGCUAAUGCAGGUGACCACAUUGGAUCGUUACAUUCAGUACCAUGUUAAGGAGUUCGAGAGGACCUUCAUCGACAAGUUCCCCUCUUGCUCGAUCGCAGCCAAGAAGCACAUUGAUCAGAGCACAACAAUUUUGGAUGUACAAGGAGUCGGCCUGAAAAAUUUCAGCAAGUCCGCAAGGGAGUUGAUUCAACGGCUACAGGCCAUUGACGGCAACAAUUAUCCCGAGACACUUUGCCAGAUGUUCAUUAUCAAUGCCGGCUCAGGGUUCCGGUUGUUGUGGAACACUGUGAAGUCGUUCCUCGACCCCAAGACUACUCAAAAGAUUCAUGUUCUGGGAAACAAAUAUCAGAGCAAGCUACUUGAGAUGAUCGACGCAAGUGAGCUCCCAGAAUUCUUAGGCGGGACGUGCACCUGCGAUGACAAGGGCGGAUGCAUGAUGUCCGAUAAGGGUCCUUGGAACGAUCCGGAGAUCAUGAAGCUGGUCCGAGAAGGCGCUCAUAAAUGCUCAAACAGAUCAGCCUCUGCCUCUGCGGACGAGAAAACGGUCUCAGAAGACGAACCUGCUGCGCCUAUGUCUAAGAGUAUCAAGAAAACCGUAUCCUUCAGCAUGACGGCCAACGGGAGUGAAAAACCCGCACAUUCACAGCUUCCUCCCGUCAAAGAAGAAGAACCCAAAGACUACACAAAGGCGCAGGCUGAGCCACAGCCUAAAAUCGAGUCCUUUGCAACAGCUGCUACAACAGCUCUUGCAGCAGAAAAGGCCAUCACUCCAGCAAUGUGGCCACAAAGCAUCGACAACUUCCCUCUUUCCAAAGCCUCCGAUUUCCUAAAGCUGACGGAUGCGAACAGCAACCAUCUCUUUACAGGAGUACUAACAUUCGUGAUGGGAGUGGUGACAAUGGUGCGCAUGACGCGCAACAUGCCAAAGAAGCUCACCGACAACCCGGCUGACCUCUACGCGGGUGCUAUGGGCAGAGGGGACGACAUGAUGAAGAGCCGGGCGCGCUCGUACGAGUCGGCCGAGGCAGCUGUGUCGAGAGCAGACUACCUGAUAUUGAUGAAGAGGAUGAACGAGCUAGAGGAGAAGGUUAAUAUCAUAGCCAACAAGCCGACGGGCAUGCCGCCGGAGAAAGAGGAGUUGCUCAACAAUGCAUUGAGCCGCAUAGACUCGUUAGAGCAGGAGCUUUCAGAAGCCAGAAAGGGUUUGGAGCAAUCCCUGUCUCAACAAGCAGAGCUGAUUGCGUACAUUGAGAAGAAGAAGAAGAAGAAAAAGUUCUUCGCAUUCUAGUGCAGAUAUUCUUAGAGAGAGAAAGGGUAAGUUUUUUGGGUUUUGGUAGUUGGUUGGCUAGUUAAGUUAGUGUACAAAGUUCCAUCUACAAACUUGACAUGGCUAGACUAACACCAAUAUGCAUAUCCUUCUAUGUGUGUUGUGCAAGCACGAGUUUUGUGUAAUUAGUGCUUGUGUGGAUCGGAUAAGACCGGGGAACCAAUGCUUAUAUAUAUUACUCCU